ACCGUCGUCGACGUCAUGCGCAGCGCGGCGAUGAUGACGGUCGUCCGCCGCCGUGCGAUGAGCAGCAUGGCGGCGUGGAAUCGAGCGGACGUUGAAGUCUCGAUCGGCAGCGUCCGCACCGAGUGGCGCAAUGGCGUCCGGCGGCUCGCCGCCUUUCCCGCGCUGCAGCACUUGGCGCUCGAGACCGCGGCCUACUUUACGGACCCGGCCGACAUCGAUUUUGGCUACCCGCGCACGUUUCGCACCCAGUACACGCUCGGCAAGCAGCUCGGCGAAGGUGCCUUUGGCACUGUGUACCAAGUGGCACCCAAGGACAACGCCGUGACGCUCGACUUGGCGGUCAAGGUCAUCCAGAAGGACCGGCUCGCGUCGCGCAAGGACUUUUUGGCGCUGCGCCAAGAAGCCCGCAUCAUGAUGCUGCUUGGCGGUACGCUCAAUGUCGUCCACUACUUUGGCGCGUACGAAGACGAGCGCGCGGUCUACCUCGUCAUGGAGCACUGCGUCGGCGGCGAGGCGUAUGCGCGCAUGCAUACGGAUGUUGCGACCGAAGCAGACCGCGCCGCCUCCUACAUGCUCAACGUCCUCCACGUCGUGUGGCAGUGCCACCUUCUGGACAUCUUGCACGGCGAUCUGAAGCUUGAGAACUUUCUGUUUGCCGACGACCAAGUCGACUCGCCGCUCAAACUCACCGACUUUGGCGGCGCCGCCUUUGUCGUACCAGAUGCAGUCGUGUCGGGACUCCGGGGUACGCCCUUGUACACGGCGCCCGAGGUGCUGCAGGGCAACUACGCGCUGCCCGCCGACAUGUGGAGCUGCGGGGUCAUUUUGUAUCGGCUCUUGAGUGGGUCGUUCCCGUUUGAAGGCGCACUCCUCGACGAGCAGAUCUUGCAUGCGCCCAUCGAUGUCGAAUCGGGCGUCUGGGUGAACGUCUCGCCCGACGCCAAAGAUCUGGUACGCAAGCUUUUGGAGCGAGACCCUCGUACGCGGUUGAGCGCGCACGAAGCGCUGCGCCACCCGUGGAUGGCGCAAGCGUUCCAGGAGCGCAAAGACGCACGCAGGCAGGUCCCGCGCCACCUCGGCGGCACCAUGAUCCAGCGGCUGCAGCUCUACCGCACCCUCAACGGCUUCCAGCAAGCCGUCUUUAUCGAAAUGACCAAGCGCGUGCCCAAAGCCAGCAAGGUCGAGCUCGCGGUCCUCUUCUCCGAGAUCUGUGUGGACGGCGCGUCCUCGAUUGGCGUCAAGGACCUCGCGCGCGGCUUCCAGAACGGCGGCUACAAGCUCACGUGGGGCGAGGUCAAGAGCUUCCUGAGCCGCAUGGACAUUGACGGCGACGGCGUUGUCUCGUUUGAUGAGUUUUGCUGCGCGUUUCUUGACUGGCACGCGAUCCAGCAAGACUCGAGCGUGUGGCGAACGCUCGUUGAAACCGCGUUCGACACCUUUGACACGGAUCGCGACGGCAAGAUCCACGUCGCCGACCUCGUCCCGCACAUGCCAGUGCGCAUGGUGCACACGUUCUUGAGCGACGUGCAGCGCUGCUUCGCGCACGCCGACUCGGACAAGGACGGCGCGAUCAACUUGAUCGAAUUCGAGCGCAUUCUUCUCGUGCAGGACGAAGCGUGGGCGCGCUAUGCGCCUCGGUACCUCUGGCAUUAGGACCGCGUUUUUGGCUAUCGACCGGAUUUUCGAUCGUUCAAUACACUCCUAUUUGUACAA